GUAUUUCACACUGUGCUCCCGCUGUUGAAGGAGAAUGGCCCGGACAAAGCAGACAGCGCGUAAAUCGACCGGAGGGAAAGCUCCUCGCAAACAGCUGGCGACCAAAGCGGCGCGGAAGAGCGCUCCAGCCACGGGCGGAGUGAAGAAGCCUCAUCGCUACAGACCCGGCACCGUGGCUCUGAGGGAGAUCCGGCGCUACCAGAAAUCCACCGAGUUGCUCAUCCGCAAACUGCCCUUCCAGCGCCUGGUGCGGGAGAUCGCUCAGGACUUCAAGACAGACCUGCGCUUCCAGAGCUCGGCCGUCAUGGCCCUGCAGGAGGCCAGCGAGGCUUACCUGGUGGGGCUCUUUGAGGACACCAACCUGUGCGCAAUCCACGCCAAGCGAGUCACCAUCAUGCCCAAAGACAUCCAGCUGGCCCGCCGCAUCCGCGGGGAGCGCGCCUAAACUCCACCUCUCCACCAACAACAAACGGCUCUUUUAAGAGCCACUAAUCCGG